ACAGUGUAUUGGCUCAAGAAGGCGCAGGGUGGGGAACAAGGGAAGGAAGAGCCCGCUGCUGCUCACUCAGUUGCUGGCUGCACCUCGGAGCAGGAGCCUCACUGCCACCAGCAUCCGGGACUAAGGUGUUUGACUGGAAGUGUUGUUAACCUGGAUUAUGAAUGACAAAAUCAGGGAAUGGAAGUUCAUACUCCUCUGCUGAGUUGACAAGUUUCAUCUUCAAGAAAAUUUAGAACAGAACAAAUUGACUUGUGAAGCUGUGUGUUCCUAAUCUCAGCCUCCACUGGGAACAUGUCACUAGUCCAACUUCUUAACACGUCUCCAUUCAGCCUCAUCAAAUAUGAAUCACCCUGGAUUUAAUACAUUUUGUUGAUUCCGACUUUAAGAGUUUAAGCUGAUUUUUCUAAGGCAACAGAUUUACUGAUGAACUCUCAAAAGACAUCACAAGUGCCUGGAAUGAAUUACUUGGGGUCAUUUUGUUAUCUGUGACGUAUCCAACAAACUUUAGAAAGAGAAACUGCGAGUGGCUGGAAAUAAUUCCCUGAAUUAAUAUAACCACAGUGAGAACUUUUCUCCUACAUGUUACUACUCCAUUUCCAAACAUCUCUUUAUAAAAAAUGGCAGAAAACAUUUAGAUUAUUUUUAAACCUGUUUUUUAGGAUCCAAAAAGAUACCCUCAUCUGAGGGAUUAUUUUGAUGGACUUUGCCAGGCCAGCUCUGAAUAGUAAAGUCUUUAGUAAUCGGCAAGAUGUCCACUAAGGUCCCAAUCUACCUGAAAAGAGGUAGUAGGAAGGGCAAGAAGGAAAAACUCCGAGAUAUCCUUUCUUCUGAUAUGAUCAGCCCCCCCUUGGGAGACUUCAGACACACUAUUCACAUAGGGAGUGGUGGGGAGAAUGAUAUGUUUGGGGAUAUUUCUUUCUUGCAAGGGAAAUUCCACCUUCUACCAAGGACUGAAGGUAGCCUAGAUUCUGACAGGGGCAGCCACUGUGGAGUGCCAUUUGAGUUCUCAAGGACUGCUACUAUCUCUGGUCAUGAGCAACCAUUUUCUGAAGCUCCCUCGCCACUCUUAAAAAAUGCCAUCUCACUGCCUGUCAUUGGGGGUCCACAGGCUCUAAUGUUGCCCUCUACCCAGGCCCCACCAAAGCCACCAAGGCUGCACCUUGAUGAUAAAGUUCAACCAGCUCUGCAAGGCAAGGAAGCUGUGGCAGAACUGACUUCAUCCAAGGACAGCAGGACUUCUGAACCUAUCCCUCAUCUCUGCAGCCCCAAUGAGCUGUUUGCCAUCCCUCAGAAUGGGUUUGUUGAAGAGAAAAAUAAGAAUGAGUCCUUUAUGUCCCAUGCUGGUUCCCUGCUCUCCCUCCAUGUGGAUCUGGGGCCUUCUAUCUUGGAGGAUGUCCUUCAAGUCAUGGAUAAACACCAAGCUGGGAAAGUGAUACAAGAUUCUGGCAGGCAAGAAAUCCUGACAUGAAAACUAAAGGGAAUUACGUGGGGAAAGACUUUAAAAUGUAGAGUUUUGUAGAUAAGAAUUUUCCCCCCAAUGUGGAAUAUGGUUAACUGGGCCAGCUUGAAUUAGUGAAUUUUAUCCUGUGUGAAAUCCCAAUUGUGCAUCUUAUAGUAAUAGGGUAUUAAGCUUUUAGGAGUGUGUUGCUUACUUUCACCAAUGCCCAUCAUACUGACGUUUUUUUUUUUUAUGUUGCUUUCUGCAGGCCUUUGAAUGCUGCUCAGUACUGAAAAAUGUAUGAAACUAAGAUAAGUUCAGUAGCAGCAAUAAAUUGCCGCUUAGCAAUAAGACCUCUAACUUUACUGAUAUGAAUAAAUUUUAAGGGAUAUGA